CUCAUACCAUUCUCCCCUCCCUUUUCCCAUGUCGUUUGUUCCUCAGUUCUUCACAACAGCAGAGAGCCUGGUGGACUCGCUAGACAAAAAGCUCCUGGUGGUUCUCCGCGACGGCCGCAAGAUUAUCGGGAUCCUGCGCUCCUAUGACCAGUUCGCCAACCUUGUUCUGCAGGACAGCCUCGAGCGCAUAUACGUGGGCGAUGCAUACGGCGACAUUGAGCGCGGGGUGUUCAUUAUCCGCGGCGAAAACGUGGUUCUCUUGGGCGAAAUCGACGGCGACACAGAAGACGCCCUGCCGCUGCGCCAGCUGCCAAUCGAGGACAUCCUGCAGAUGCAGCGCGAGGAGGCCGAGGAGAAGGCGCGCAAGGACAAGCUGCGGUUCCAGCUCCUGCACAAGCAAGGAUUCAGUGUGGACUUUACCGACACCGAUCUGUACUAGCGAAGCAAGGAUUGUUUUUUCAUUUUAUGUGAGAAACGAAAAAAAAAACAG